AUGACUUCGCCAUAUCACCAACCUAAUUCGUUCUCGCCGUCAAAUGUGGCUGCAGCAGCAUCAACGCCUAACAGGUCGGUUUCCGACUUGCCGCAAGCUCAAGUGGACGCCAUCAUUCGUACGAAGCGCAAGGCGCGCGAGCCCAAAGCCUGCUACCCAUGUCAUGCGCGCAAAGUGAAAUGCGAUCGGAAUCUUCCUUGCGAUGGAUGUGUCAAGCGUGACCAUGCCGACCUCUGCUCCUACGAACGCCCCUCCAAGAAGCGCUCGCAAGCCUUUCAAGAGAGCCCCAUCGGUGGGGCUUCAGCAGCGUCCUCGGCAGAGCAGCAUCUCUCCUACGGAUAUGACGAUAAUGAAGUGCAGGUGAAGCCUGACCCUGUUCAGCAUUUCCCACCUCGAAUCAAUGGUACUCAAACAGGCGGACGUGUGUCAAUUGCUAGGGAGGAAUGGGAUAAUGUGCGCAACCGACUGCGAGAAAUGGAAUCCACAAUCUCCUCUCUGCGCGUGGGCCUGGAACGCGCUGAAGAAGGACCCUCUAUGGCAACGGACGGUGGGACCGGGAGCGUACAGAGCGGCGAUGCAAGCUCCCGGGCUAAGGGCGUAUCGCCGGAGCGUGAGGGCAUUCACACCACAAAUACCCUCGGCAAAGGCACCGUUCAUCUCGGAUCGCGAUCGGUCCUGGCAUAUAUUUUGAACAAUAAGUCGGGGUCUGAUCAACUGCAAACUCUAUUGGAGGACGGAAUACUGCCCAAGCUUGGGCUUGACAACGAGUCUGCGACUUACCCAUUCGUGGAUCUGUGGUCGUCGGACAUGUCAACGUUUGAUAUCAGCGCUGUCUGCAGCGCACUCCCAACUGAUCAGCAAUGCAGAGAGUUUUUUUAUUACUACAAGGAUAUUGCUGGCGCGAUUUAUCCUGUUCUUGAAGACGUUCGGCAGUUCCAAAACACACUUGAGCUUCUCCUGCAGAACAGGACCGCCUCAGGUGGUGUCUAUCGAGAGGAUGUUGACGAAGCGCAAAGUCCUUUCGGUGUGAGCAUUGCUUACCUUGGUUUAUUAUUCGCUGUUCUCGCUUCCGGCUGCCAGUCGUCCGACCUCGGAAGCAAGGAAAGAGAAUUGACUUCUCAAGUCUAUGUGUGCUGCUCUUAUCAAUGCCUUCGCAUGACAAAUUUCCUAUCACAGCCGACCAUUGAGGCAAUUCAGACGCUUCUGGUUAUUGGAAAUGUAUUGUCUUACAAUAUGAACCCCGGGAUUUCAUACGUCCUGUUAGGCAUGACUCUUCGUAUGGGCUUGGCUCUCGGCUUGCACGUUGAGUCGAGUCGGUUCUCGUCACUCGAGCGAUAUCGGCGCCGACAUGUCUGGUGGUCCAUGGCAUGGCAAGAUAGUCACUUUUCUCUGUCUUACGAUCGUCCCUCUACAACUGCUGUCAGCCAGCCCGAUAUUGCGUAUCGGGAAGGCUCGAGACCGGGUGAUCUGUCGUACUUUGAGACUCUAUGCCGAGUGAUCUCCUUGGCAUUGGAAGUCGUCCGUAUUCGGAUGCUAAGCCCACAUACCCAAAUAAGCUUUGAAAGCAUACAAGGAUACAAAGAAAGAAUUCAGAAAAUCAUGGUCGAAGCAAAACCACACUUGCGAGAUGCGCAAUGGUGUACGACUUCGCCCGAGCACUUGGAACGAGUCGUGCUGAAAUUACACUCAUCCUACAUCUCUUCUGAGCUUUGUCGACCAUCAUUGAAACCGAAUGUGGAUGCCAAUGACGCGGAUACUGCUAGCAUGCGGCGGGACUGCAUUGUCAAUUUGAUGACAACCGUGGAGGCUUAUAUCGAAAUGUACAAUAUCAGCUCACAUGCGGCCCGAUCCUGGAUUGCGCUGCAGCGAGCAAUCAGCUCCGCAUUCCUCCUUGCUGUCAUCGAGGAAGCCAAGCACGAACCGAGGGUUUGGAGCCUUUUACGCCAGCUAGAGUCUAUCAUAGCCCAGCGUGCUAGCAACGAACUUGCCUAUGAUACUGCUGAUGUCGCCGGUACCGGUAGCAGCAUUACCUCGCCGGCCCAGGGCGUAGGCACCUACGACCCCAUCACAGGUGUGACUAAUCCAUCCCAGCCGAUCCUAGAUCCCACUUCACCUGCUGCAAUCAACCCCGAUACUCAAACACAAUGGGCCAAGUCGUUGGCGAAAACGCAUCGUGCUUUGCAGAAGCUUCUUACGGCAUUUGGAAACCAGCACAGCCGCGGAACAACGGGGCGUAGCCCUGCAUUCCAUCAAUCAAACCUCAACGCGACCGCUGCCUCCUCAUCCUCAAUGGGAAAUUUCAUGCCUCCUGUGUCGGCAAGCAUGACCCCUAGCGUGGGUUCUCUUCCACCACCAACCCCAGAAAGCUCCGGCAGUGGCGAAUGGACAAUGCCCAACCUCCUGGACCGCGCGUCAGAGUAUAUUCAUCCACCGCUCUGGGGCUAG